UCUCUUAUCAACAUCAUUCCAUUUGGGAGAGGAAAUUACACAAUAUUGAUUGAUAAAUGUACAAUGAGGAAGCCUGAGCCAAAAAACAACAACUCCAAUAUGACGAAGCUUAGAAAGGGGUUGUGGUCACCAGAGGAAGAUGACAAGCUCAUGAACUACAUGUUAAACUCUGGACAAGGUUGUUGGAGCGAUGUGGCCAGAAAUGCUGGUUUGCAGAGAUGUGGGAAAAGUUGUCGGCUUCGAUGGAUCAAUUACUUGAGGCCUGAUCUUAAACGAGGUGCUUUUUCGCCUCAAGAAGAGGAACUCAUCAUCCAUUUGCAUUCCCUUCUUGGAAACAGAUGGUCUCAAAUUGCGGCACGCUUACCUGGGAGAACUGACAAUGAGAUUAAGAACUUUUGGAAUUCCACAAUAAAAAAAAGACUCAAGAACUUGCCUUCACCAAACGCAAGUGAGUCCUCAUGUGAGCCUAACAAGAAAGACCAUAACAACAAUGGAGGUUUCAGUUUCAAUUCCACACAGCAAGAUGUUGAUUUUAUUAUGCCUAUGUUCAUGACUUCAUCUCCAUCACCAACAACAACACAAGCCACGGUUCUCAACACCAUAAUUGAGAGGUUGCCUAUGCUAGAGCAUGGAAUUAUGAACAUGCCAGCUUCCGGUGCCGGUGGAUUCUUCAACGCGCCACCACGCUUCUUACAAAGUGAAAUUGACAACGACCACAACAACAUCAAAGGUCUUUAUUUGGAAAACGGAGUCUUUGAAGGGGUUCCUCCUCUGGAGAGUGUAAUUAGGACUACUACUACUUCUGACCAUGACCUAAAAGUGGAGAAUAAGGGAGAUACUAACUAUAGUUGUUACUUUGAUGACAUAAACAACAUCGUUAACAAUUGCUACAUUAGCAACAAUAAUAAGAGACCUCAUGAAAAUAGAGGUGGGGUGCAGGAGGAUUUGUGCCCAGAAGAGUUAACCAUGGGUGAGUGGGACUUGGAGGAUUUGAUGAAAGAUGUUGCGUCCUUUCCCUUUCUUGAUUUUUCAAGCUGAUCCAAAGUCCAACCAAGUUACCCUUCUUAAGGAUCUAAUGUACAGCCAUGUCUAAGCAUUACAUUAUGGUUUGGGGUGAUUUCCUUAGAAAAAACGGUGUAAUAUUAACUUGUAUUUUUGCCAUUAUACACUGAUUAAUUAAUAACAAGGUAUAGGUCUCAAGAAUAAAAGUCAAUCAUGUAUAUCUGGAUUGGUGAUCAUGUAAUUACGAAUUUCAAAGUUGUCAUUGGGUACACCCUUUAUAUCCAGAAGCCAUUGUAGUUCUUUUUUUUCUUUUCAAAGAAGCCACUCUAGUUAAUUACAAGAAUUUAUCAUAUAUAUAUAUAUAUA